UUACAGUUGUAGUUAUUUGCCACUUUAUCAAACCACCAGAACCGCGUCAUAACCCACGUGUCUUCCUCCGUGCCAAUAACUUCCAAGUCCUGCCGCUUAUAACCACGUCCUCGCAAUUACUUUCACUAUUAUUAUCUAUCUCAAUCUCACCCCCGACAAGAUGUCUUGCCAGCCUACAUCGGUCACAAAGUUCCGCUCCGGCCACGUGUUGGCAGAUCUCUUGCGCUACCCCAUCCAUGAACACUGCUAUGACUGCUCGUCGAUAGACCGGCGUCGAUAUGAACGAGUCCGUUUAUGCCUCUUUGAUAUCAUCCAAAAUGAUGUGGUAUCGAUCCUCCCGGUUUGGCCGUAUGUCGUGCACAAUCAUCAACUCAAUCGCCUCGCCUACCUGCCGUCCUCCUUGACCAAUCUGCCACGCAAAGUCCACCAGCCUAAACGGCUCAUCCAUGUGGGCCACGGUCACGAUCCCCUCGAUAUCUAUUCCACCCAGUACCGGCAAUUCAUCUUGGAUUGGCGAGGGAGUCUCGAUCCCGUUGGUAGGUUCAAAGUCUCCAUUCAAGUUCAAAGGAAACCACAGAACAGAUCUAGCCCCAUAAAAAGCCGACUCUUCCUAUCAUGCUGUCUGACCAACUGUUCUUGGCCAACCAGUUGCCAACAACCUUCCCCAAGCAUUCCGAAGCAAGAGUGCGAAAUCAAACGCGUCGACUAUGCCGCCCUACUGUCGACCACUUUCCUUCUCGGAGGUAUUGGCGCCGCGGGCAUCACGCUGUUGAGAAGCAUCCAUCAGGGUGGCAAUACCCAGUGCCCUGAUCCCAACAUUGCCAUUGGGAGCUGUUCGUAGGCAGAGCAGACGUUCAAUUUCACUUUACAGUCAUAAUUAGAGUUCUGACAGGCGCCGCUCUCAAACACAGAGUCAGCGAAGACCUCUCCGA